AUGGGAUUCCGAGCCAAUAGACCUGAGAACCACCUGGAGAUUUUCGUGUCCAUGAGAGGAAUCGGGAAGCAGCUGCAGAUCACAUCUGAAGUCACUGCCAUUUCCGAAGACAAGAGCAUCCGGCUCGGCUUGUUCCUCAUCAUCUCCGGCGUCGUGUCGCUCUUCAUCUUCGGCUUCUGCUGGCUCAGUCCCGCCUUGCAGGAUCUGCAAGCCACGGCGGCCAACUGCACGGUGCUGUCGGUGCAGCAGAUCGGCGAGGUGUUCGAGUGCACCUUCACCUGUGGCACCGACUGCAGGGGCACCUCGCAGUACCCCUGCGUCCAGGUAUACGUGAACAACUCCGAGUCCAACUCCAGGGCGCUGCUACACAGCGACCAGCACCAGCUCCUGACCAACCCCAAGUGCUCCUAUAUUCCGCCCUGUAAGAGAGAAAACCAGAAGAACUUGGAAAGUGUCAUGAACUGGCAACAGUAUUGGAAAGAUGAGAUCGGCUCCCAGCCAUUCACUUGCUAUUUUAAUCAACAUCAAAGACCAGAGGACGUUCUCCUACGCCGCACACAUGAUGACAUUGUCCUCCUGCACUGCUUCCUCUGGCCAGUGGUGACAUUUGUGGUGGGCGUGCUCAUUGUGGUCCUGACCAUUUGUGCCAAGAGCCUGGCGGUGAAGGCAGAAGCCAUGAAGAAGCGCAAGUUCUCCUAACGGGGAGGAGGAUUGUGGGAAGCCACGCGCGCGCGCAGAGGCUGUCCCGUCAGUUCAGCGCUCGCCUGCCCCGCAGAGCCCACGUUUGGUGGCGCAGGAGAUGGAAGGGGCCGCAGCCAGGCCUCCACGAGGCCCCUUCUUCAGUGGCGGCAGAAACAGGCACAGCUGGAAGAGUCGGGAACUUAUCACCUGUAUCCCCCGUGCUGUAGCAGUGGCUAAAGGGCCAAGCUCUUAGCUAUAUGGAGUGACUGUUUGGAAAACCCUCUGAGAAGUUGGUUUUCUUUGGAAAGUACAGUAUCUUAUUUGUAUAGUGUAGCAUACAAACCAUUAUGAUUUAUGCUUCGUACGAAUAUUAAAAUGCAGUGCUCUGUG